UUGCGCAUGAUAAUUUAAAAAUAAGCCGACUAAACAAUAAUUAUACAUUAAAAAAUAUUUAAAAUUUUUAUAAAAAAAAACAUAAUAUAUAAUUGAGGUUAAAUUUCGUCUUAUAGUGCUAACAAUUAAUUAAAGUAUUAUAAAAGAAUAAAAUAAUGUCUUGGCUUGUAACAUUACUCAUUCUUUAUAUUAUUUGGGAUGUUAAUUAUUUUAUAAGAUGCGUUUUUACCGUAUUUGCUGGCAGAUUAUUUCAAAAGAAACGUAAAAUUACAGAUAAAACAUCAAUUUACAGUAUUUGUACAUCACAAGAUGUUGACAUUUUUAUACGGCAUAUGAAUAAUGCACGUUAUGUUCGAGAACUUGAUUUUGCUAGAUUUCAUUAUUAUGCAUUAACUGGUUUAUAUGAAGAAAUUCGAAAUGGUGGUGGUGGUGCUGUACAAGGUGCAUCAAGUGUACGUUAUCGUAGAACAAUACCAAUAUUUCAUCCAUAUCGUAUUGAAACAAAAUUAGUAUGGUGGGAUGAAAAAGCAAUAUAUAUUGAACAACAAUUUAUAACAUUAGCUGAUAAUUUUGUAAGAGCAGUAGCAUUAUCAAAACAAUGUAUUACAAAAGUUAAUGUUAUGGAAAUAAUGAAAAAAUUCCCAGAAGGUGCAAAUAGGCCAGAAAUGCCAGAAGAAUUUAGAUUAUGGUUAGAAGCAAUUGAAGUUUCAAGUCAAAAAUUAAGAAAAGAUAAUUAGUUUAAAUAAUGAAAAAUUAUGUAUAAUUUUGAAUUAAGAAGUAAAUUUUAAAAAAUAUUAGGUGCUUAUAUUAGACAAGAGACUUGUUUAUUAUGUAUAUAUAUAUAUGAAAUUUUGUGUCAAAACAUUUUGUAUGAUAAAUAUAUAAGUGAAGGGAUGUUUUUAUUAUUUUUUAUAAGAAUAAUUGCAUUUUAUUAUAUUUAAGAUGAAAAUU